GGGAGCCCGCUCGUGAGCGCCUCCUGCCGCCCGCGGGGCUCCCCUGCCGUCCUCGGCGCCCCAGCCCCCUCCCCCCCAUCGCCGCCUCCUCCUCCAUCCUCCAGUUCAAAAUGGCGACGGCGGCGGCAGCGGCGGCGGCGAUGGCUGCUCCGGGCUGCCCAGGCUCGUGCCCCAACUUCGCCGUGGUCUGCUCCUUCCUGGAGCGCUACGGGCCGCUGCUAGACCUCCCCGAGCUGCCGUUCCCCGAGCUGGAGCGGGUGCUGCAGGCGCCGCCGGCGGACGUCGGCCACGGAGAAGUACCAAAAGAAUUGGUGGAGCUCCAUUUGAAAUUGAUGAGGAAAAUUGGUAAAUCUGUUACAGCAGACAGAUGGGAAAAAUACUUGAUCAAGAUAUGCCAAGAGUUUAAUAGCACCUGGGCCUGGGAGAUGGAGAAGAAGGGCUAUCUUGAAAUGAGUGUUGAGUGCAAACUAGCCCUCCUAAAGUAUCUCUGCGAGUGUCAAUUUGAUGACAAUCUUAAAUUCAAGAAUAUUAUUAAUGAGGAGGAUGCUGAUACUAUGCGUCUCCAGCCGAUUGGGCGAGACAAGGACGGCCUCAUGUACUGGUACCAGUUGGAUCAAGAUCACAAUGUCAGAAUGUACAUAGAAGAACAAGACGAUCAAGAUGGCUCUUCAUGGAGAUGCAUUGUCAGAAAUCGAAACGAGCUGGCUGAGACUCUUGCACUCCUGAAAGCACAGAUUGAUCCUGUACUGUUGAGAAACUCAAGCCAGCAGGACAGCUCUUCUCGGGACAGUCCCACCUUAGAGGAUGAGGAGAGUAAAAAAGAGGAAGGAACACCUAAACAAGAGGAACAGAAGGAAACAGAAAAGGUGAAAGAACAGAGGCCAGUGGAUUCAGUAAACCACUCUACGGCCAGUGUUUUAGAAGAGACCACUGUAAAAACUGAAAAAGAUGAUGAAAAGGAACUUACAAAACUUCCAGUGAUUGUAAAGCUAGAAAAGUCUUUGCCAGAAAGUGAGGAAAAAAAGAUUAUAAAAGAAGAAAAUGAUUCUUUCAAGGAAAAUAUCAAACCCAGUAAAGUUGAAGUGAAAGAUCCCAAAGAUAGCAAAGGCAGCUCAGAGAAGGUCGGGGUGCUGGACCCUGAGAGGCUAGACUUCAGUGGCAGUGUCAGGUCUUCUCAGGACAUUAUAGAAAAGUCUCUCGAAGAAACUGAGAAACUUAAAAAUGACCAACAGGCAAAGAUACCUCUUAAAAAACGAGAAAUUAAACUGAGUGAUGAUUUUGAUAGUCCAGUCAAAGGACCUUUGUGUAAAUCAGUUACUCCCACUAAAGAAUUUUUGAAAGAUGAAAUUAAGCAAGAGGAAGAGACCUGCAAAAGGAUCUCUACAAUCACUGCUUUGAGUCAUGAUGGAAAACAACUGGUAAAUGGAGAAGUUAGUGAUGAAAAGAUAACUCCAAAUGUUAGACCAGAGCAAGCUGAGACGAAGUUUUAUGAUACAAAGGAAGAUGUCUGUAGCAGCCUUUCUAAGGACAGAAGUGUCAUCAUGGAAGGAAAUGGAGCAGAGUCCUUAAGUUCUGUCAUAACCAGUACUAAAGUAUACGAACUUGAGAAAGACAUGGUCCCUUUAGGGAAAGCUGCAGACAGUCCAGUGUCAGAGACUCACAGUCAGAAAGGGCUGUCGGAGGAACUUGGUAUUCCGGAAAUGGAAACUUCUUUGGAGUGUUCUAAAGUAGCAAAAGAUCUCUCUUUAAAAACUGCUUUAUCUAUCACGGAAUCCUGCACUAUAAAAAUUGAAGAGAAGUCUCUCAAAUGUGUGAAGGAUAAUAGCCCUCCAGCACUAGAAUGUCUUGAAAAAGUAGAAAGGUCUAAAAAGACACUUCUUGAUAAGGACACACAAAGAUUGAGUCCAAUACCUGAAGAAGUUCCAAAGAGUACUAUAGAAUCAGAAAAGCCAGGCUCUGUUGGGGCAGCUGGCAGUUCCCCCCCAUAUAAGAUGACUGCCCACUGUGAGAAACGAGCCUUAGAAACAGAAGGGGUGGAGUGUCAGAGUAUAAGCUCUGUUGAAGGUCUGGAGAAAACAGACCCAGAAAUUCUAAAAGAAAAUGCUGAGUCCAUGAAGGUGGAAAUGGGUAAUCUGGACAGUACUCACGCCUCGGGGUUAGGCGACCCUUCUGAGACAAAGGAUUCUGUGCAGAAAAGCAAAUUUAAAUACAAGUUGGUUCCUGAAGAAGAAACUAUUGCCUCAGCAAAUACAGAGAUAACCUCAGAGAGGCAGAAAGAAGGUAUCAAAUUAACAAUAAGGAUAUCUAGUCGGAAGAAGAAGCCAGAUUGUCCCCCUCAAAUUCUAGAGCCAGAAAGCAAGCCAGAGAAAACGGAAAAGGAAGAAGAAAAAACAAAUGUGGGACGUACUUUAAGGAGGUCUCCAAGGAUAUCUCGACCUACAGCAAAAGCAGCUGAGAUCAGGGAUCAGAAAGCUGAUAAAAAAAAAGGUGAAGGUGAAGAUGAAAUUGAAGAGGCAGCAGCUUUGCAAAAAGCAGAGAAAAAAGAAAAUUUGAAAAAAACAGAGAAGGAUACAAAUUUGAAAAUAAGCAAGGUAAAACCCAAAGGCAAAGUUCGAUGGACUGGUUCUCGAACACGUGGCAAAUGGAAAUAUUCCAGCAAUGAUGAAAGUGAAGGGUCUGACAGUGAAAAGUCAUCUGCAGCUUCAGAAGAAGAAGAAGAAAAGGAAAGUGAAGAUGCCAUCUUAGCAGAUGAUGAUGAACCAUGCAAGAAAUGCGGCCUGCCAAACCAUCCUGAACUAAUUCUUCUGUGUGACUCUUGUGACAGUGGAUACCAUACUGCCUGCCUCCGGCCUCCUCUGAUGGUCAUCCCUGAUGGAGAAUGGUUUUGCCCCCCUUGCCAACAUAAGCUGCUGUGUGAAAAAUUAGAGGAACAGUUGCAAGAUUUGGAUGUUGCCUUAAAGAAAAAGGAGCGUGCUGAACGCAGGAAAGAACGAUUGGUAUAUGUGGGUAUCAGUAUUGAAAACAUCAUUCCUCCACAAGAACCAGAUUUUCCUGAAGAUCAAGAAGAAAAGAAAAAAGAUUCAAAAAAAUCUAAAACAAACUUGCUUGAAAGAAGGUCAACAAGAACACGGAAAUGUAUAAGCUACAGAUUUGAUGAGUUUGAUGAAGCAAUUGAUGAAGCUAUAGAAGAUGAUAUUAAAGAGGCUGAUGGAGGAGGAGUUGGCCGAGGAAAAGACAUCUCCACCAUCACAGGUCACCGUGGAAAAGACAUCUCUACUAUCUUAGAUGAAGAAAGAAAAGAAAACAAACGACCUCAGAGGGCAGCUGCUGCUCGAAGGAAGAAACGCCGGCGUCUAAAUGACCUAGACAGUGACAGCAACCUGGAUGAAGAAGAGAGUGAAGAUGAAUUCAAGAUUAGUGAUGGAUCUCAAGAUGAAUUUGUUGUAUCUGAUGAAAACCUAGAUGAAAGUGAAGAAGAUCCACCAUCUAAUGAUGACAGUGACACUGACUUCUGUAGCCGCAGACUACGGCGACACCCCUCUCGGCCAAUGAGGCAGAGCAGGCGUUUGCGCAGAAAGACCCCAAAGAAGAAGUACUCAGAUGAUGAUGAGGAGGAAGAGUCCGAGGAGAAUAGCAGAGACUCUGAAAGUGACUUUAGCGAUGAUUUUAGUGAUGAUUUUGUAGAAACUCGGCGAAGGCGGUCAAGGAGGAACCAGAAAAGACAAAUUAAUUACAAAGAAGAUUCUGAAAGUGAUGGUUCCCAAAAGAGUUUACGACGUGGCAAAGAAAUAAGGCGAAUUCACAAGCGCAGACUUUCCAGUUCAGAGAGUGAAGAGAGCUAUGCAUCCAAGAACUCUGAAGAUGAUGAGCUAGCUGAAGAAUCGAAGCGGUCAGUUCGAAAGCGGGGCCGAAGCACAGAUGAGUAUUCAGAAGCAGACGAGGAGGAGGAAGAAGGCAAACCAUCCCGAAAACGGCUGCACAGGAUUGAAACGGACGAGGAGAGCUGUGACAAUACUCAUGGAGAUGCAGACCAGCGUGCGCAUGACAGCCAGCCCAGGGUCUUGCCCUCCGAGCAAGAGAGCACCAAGAAGCCCUAUCGGAUAGAAAGUGAUGAGGAAGAGGACUUUGAAAAUGUUGGUAAAGUGGGGAGCCCUUUGGACUACAGCUUAGUGGAUUUACCUUCGACUAACGGACAGAGUCCAGGCAAAGCCAUUGAGAACUUGAUUGGCAAGCCACCUGAGAAGCCUCAGACCCCUAAGGACAACAGCACAGCCAGUGCAAGCCUCGCUUCUAACGGGACAAGUGGGCAGGAAGCAGGGGCACCAGAAGAGGAAGAAGAUGAGCUUUUGAGAGUAACUGACCUUGUUGAUUAUGUCUGUAACAGUGAACAGUUAUAAGACUUUUUUUUUCAUUUUUGUGCUAAUUUAUUCCACGGUAGCUCUCACACCAGCGGGCCAGUUAUUAAAGCUGUUUAAUUUUUCCUAGAAAACUCCACUACAGAAUGACUUUUUAGAAGAAAAAUUCAACAAGUUCUGAAGUCUUUCUGUGAAGUGACCAGUUCUGAACUUUGAAGAUAAAUAAUUGUAAAUUCCUUUUGAUUUUCUUUUUCCAAGUUCAUGGUCCUUGGUAAUUUCAUUCAUGGAAAAAAAUCUUAUUAUAACAACAAAGAUUUGUAUAUUUUUGACUUUAUAUUUCCUGAGCUCUCCUGACUUUGUGAAAAGGGUGGAUAAGAAUGCAUUCCAUAUAUGUGAGGGCCAAAACAGAAUUUAGGGGUGGGAGAAAGCACUUGUGCUCUAGCUUUUCAUAUUAAAUAUAUAUUAUAUUUAAACAGUCAUGGCAUAGAUGAUGAUUCACAGACCAUUUAAAAAGUCUGAACUGUUGCCUCCUUGAGAAUUGUAGAUAACAUCCUACAUAAGUCAUUUAGUAAUAAUAGCCUUCGUGAAAUCAACUUGUUUACUAUUGGAGUUACCACACUUUAAAUAAAGAAGAGACCGUGAACAUACCUUCAUAAAAAAAACUUCAACCUAAGUUUCUGUUAUAGUGGAGUUCCUUGUUAACAAAAUCAUCUGAAAAGCA